AUGGAAUUGAAGACUUUCAACGACUUCCAGCAGCGUAUCAUCGACGGGAACACAAUUAAUUUUCCAAACUGUAAUAAUCAUUCGAUGGAAGCCACGGCGCUUAAGUCAGCUUGCAUCUUCUGGCUUUUGUCAAAUAAACUGAUCCAAUUUUGGACGGGAAAGAAUCGUUUUAUACAUCAAUUAAUUGCGGGUUUUAUUGCUAGUUUAGAAUCCUCGACUUAUUUGGGAAAAAUUCUUGAUAUCUGGAAAAGCUCUGCGCCACAUAAAAUUAAUUAUAAACAGUUGGCGAUUUUCACUUCAAAAGCAGGUUGCAGUUCUGGGUGA